AUGUUCAAGAAAAUGAAUGCUGUUUUCCGUCCAAACAAGGGACAAAAAUGUCGAGAUGGCCACAAGUUAGACAGCUACCACAGCGCGGGUACAGUAAAGUUGGUGCGCAGCACGUCCCUGCUAGCAGUGGGAGAAAGCAGGCAAAGUGCUGGCGGGUCCACGUUAAAACGCAGCAGCAGUUCUGUUAUGAUCGACGUCACUACGCCCCUUUAUGACUACCACAAACACGGGGAUCGGAUUUGGUUGCAUUCCCAAAAACAGGAUUGUCUUCAGUACUUGGAGGAGUUAGUCGCUUUGAGAAGGCAGUACACAAACUGUGUCAACAAUUUAAAUUGCAAGGAAAAGAAAGCCACGGUCUCUGCCAAAAAGAAACCGGCUCCCUCUCCGCCCUCCUCUAAAAAUGCGCAGACAGCCAAAGCCUCAGGCCGGGUGUCCCCAGUCCCCAACGAGGAGGACGCUCUGGAGUUUUUUGACUCCAUCAUUGCAAGCUGUGCCCCCGUGCCCGAGAGGAACCCUCCUGUCGACAACGGACACGAGGACGUGGAUUUCAUCGUCGCCACCAGCUCCAGUGAGCACGACCUCCACUCCAACUGGACCCUGCGUGUCCCCAGGAGGGUCGCAGUCAGUGAGACUGAGCUGAAGGAGCCACACUGGGUCCCCAACAACGACCGCGACCGCACAGCCAAGAAAGGGGGCGAGGGCGGGACCAUGAGACGGCUGCAGAGGAACCCCAUCCACCUGCCGAAGGUGGUGGAGAGCACGUUCCGUACGCUGCGUCUAAAGCACACGCUGAGGAAAAAGGAUUAG